GGCGGCGGCGGCGGCCUCGCCAGAUGGCGCCCCGGAGGGCCGAGCGGCGGCGCGGGCGGGGGCCGCAGUAGCGCGCAGGCAGCGGAGGAGGACGCGCCGUCCAGCGAGCCUUCCCGGGACUCGGAGCCGCCGCCGCCGCUCGCUUCAGCCCCGCCGGCCAGGGGCCGCGGCCAUGGCCAGUCCGGCGGCAGCGGGGCGUCUGCCCGGGCGGGCACGGGGCGGCGGCGGAGGCAGCCGCCGGUGAAGGGCGAGCGGGCGCCGGCAACGCCGCCAACCAAAGAGCCCCGCCGCAGCCCGGCCGCCCCGCCGCCGGCCCCGGCAGGAAGAAGGCAGCGCCGCACCGCACGGCAGGGCAGGGCAGGGCAGGCAGCGGGCUGCCCGAGGCGCGCCCGUCGCUCGCCCCCGGACUCUCGGCGCCCCGCGAGCCCCUUUGGAUUAACUGGUUCCCGUCUGGGUUCCUCGGGACCGCCGGACGUCUGGCCACCCGCCGGGGCUACUCCUGGGACAAUUACCUCACCCCGCCACCGACCUCAGGACUGUAAGAGAGACAAAAAAAGCAGCAAGAAUGCCUGACUCGCCGGCCGAUGUGAAGACACAGUCCCGAUCGACGCCACCAAAUAUGCCGCCGCCGUCACCAGCUGCCACACAGGGAGCGACUCGGCACCCCACCUUCACGCCAAACCCCAAUCGUGACGCUGGGCCGCCGAUGUUUCUGCCCCGCGGCCGUUUUCAUGGCUGCUUGAAAUGGUCCAUGGUGUGUCUCUUAAUGAAUGGAAGCAGCCAUUCUCCGACAGCUAUCAAUGGAGCCCCUUCGACUCCCAACGGCUUCAGCAAUGGCCCCGCAACGUCCUCCACGGCCUCCCUGUCCAACCACCAGCUCCCUCCUGCCUGCGGAGCACGCCAGCUCAGCAAACUGAAACGCUUCCUCACUACCUUGCAGCAGUUUGGGAACGACAUCUCUCCGGAAAUUGGGGAGCGCGUCCGCACCCUCGUGCUGGGCCUUGUGAAUUCGACGCUGACCAUUGAAGAGUUCCACUCCAAGCUGCAGGAGGCCACUAACUUCCCACUGCGUCCCUUCGUCAUCCCCUUCUUAAAGGCCAAUUUGCCCUUGUUGCAGCGGGAGCUCCUUCACUGUGCCCGUAUGGCCAAGCAGACGCCGGCUCAGUACCUGGCACAGCACGAGCAGCUGCUCCUGGAUGCCAACGCCUCCUCGCCCAUCGACUCCUCGGAACUGCUGCUGGAGGUCAACGAAAGCGGGAAGAGGAGGACGCCAGACAGGACCAAAGAGAAUGGCUUGGAGCGGGACCCUCUGCACCCAGAACACCUCAGCAAAAGGCCCUGCACCAUGAGCCCUGCCCAGCGCUACAGUCCCAGCAACGGGCUCGGCCCUCAGCCCAACGGGCUGCCCCACCCUACUCCGCCUCCUCCCCAGCACUACCGCCUCGAAGACAUGGCCAUAGCACACCACUACCGGGACACCUAUCGGCACCCCGACCCUCGGGAGCUUCGGGAACGCCACCGGCAAGCUGCUGUGCAUAGUUCUCGGCAAGAGGAAGUGAUCGACCACAGGCUGACGGACAGAGAAUGGGCUGAGGAGUGGAAGCACCUCAACAAUCAGCUGCUGAAUUGCAUUAUGGACAUGGUGGAGAAAACGCGCCGGUCACUUACCGUGCUGCGCCGCUGCCAGGAGGCAGACCGCGAGGAGCUCAACCACUGGAUCCGCCGUUACAGUGACGUGGAGGACAUGAAGAAGGGGUCCAGCCCUGCUACCCGCCCUCACAACAGCUCCGUGAACACAGAGACACCCCCUCUAGAUGCUCACCGUGAGUUUGGGUCCAGGCCAACCCUCUCUGGUUACAUGCCUGAAGAAAUCUGGAGGAAAGCUGAAGAAGCCGUGAAUGAGGUGAAGCGGCAGGCUGUCUCUGAGCUCCAGAAGGCCGUGUCCGACGCAGAGCGGAAAGCCCACGAGCUGAUCACUACGGAGCGGGCCAAGAUGGAGCGGGCCCUGGCCGAGGCCAAGCGCCAGGCCUCUGAGGACGCGCUGACCAUUAUUAACCAGCAGGAGGACUCCAGUGAGAGCUGUUGGAACUGUGGCCGCAAGGCGAGCGAGACCUGCAGCGGAUGCAACACGGCGCGCUACUGCGGCUCCUUCUGCCAACACAAAGAUUGGGAGAAACACCACCACGUCUGUGGGCAGACUCUGCAAGGCCUCCAAGGCCCAACAGGGGCAGCCUCUUCGGGCGGGGCAGGGCUGGGCGUGGCAUCAGCUCAGCCAGACACGGCGGCUGCAAGUACCUCCGUCACCAGCGUGGCCGUGGCAGGGAGCCCCAGUGACAGCGGCUCAGCCACUGCCUCGCGUUCUGGCACACCGGCAACGCCAGCUCCUCUGGACACAGCAUCCCGCUAAGCAGGCAGAAAGGAAAGGAAACAGAGACACUUACCACCAACUGCUGCUAAUGUUUCUCUCCAAAUGAAAAAAACUGCAUUCAAUGCAAAUCCUCAGCUACCUGACACGUAUUUGACCUCCAAAACGACCUCUCUCUCUCACACAAAAUCCUCACGAAUUCUCAAACCUGGGCUUUAAGUGGAGUUAAGGCGAUUAGCAACCUUCUCCGUUCACUCGUCGGUUUUGCUUUGAAUUAUUAUUCUAAUUCUUACCGAUAUGAUUUGGGGGAAUUUCUGAUAUUUUUUUUGGAUGAGGAGUUUAUCUGCAAGCAUCUCGACUCAUGGUGGGAGGGGGAGAAAAGGAAAACACAAAGAGUAGUCCUGUCUCCCUUCUUCUGGAGAUGCGUGUGGGGAAGUGAAGACGUGAACCCCCUUCUGUGAAAGGAGAAGGGGAGAAGGCAGGAAAAAAUAAACAGGAUUUCAGUUACAAGAAGCAAGAUUUUUCUUUUUUGUAAAAAAAUAAAGAAAUAAAAAUAAACAAUAAAAACAUCAACCUCUUUGGCUUUAAGUAAAACAGAAAAGAGAAGAAUCCAAAAAGAACACAACAAAACCAAGUGAUGGAAGCUGACCUAUAAACUACCUUGCUAGCUAGCCAAGAAGAUACCAGUUUCACCUCUGCUCCAAAGGAAAUCCAAAAACCGAGAAAAAAAAAUCCAAACUUUUUUUCCACUGCCAAAGUUUCUUUUUUUGUUUGGUUGGUUCCUUCUUUCUCUUUCUCCUCAUUUUUGGGGGCUUUUAUUUAUUUAUGUCUUUAGCAAACCGAGGAAUAACGCAUUGCAGGUCCGGCCGAUUGGCGGCUUUCUGUGGAUGGCAACGCUGGUGGAAUUCAACUCCUUGCGUUCUUGGAUGGGGUGGGGGGCCAUUGGGGUGCUGGACCUUCGCUGUUCUGAUGUAUCCUCAAAGGAGGACAGACUGCAUCUGUGGGAUCGAAAGAAUUGUUUCGUAGAAUAAAGCAAAAACACAAAAAAAAAAUCCACCACUUUUGUGUGUGUGCGCGAGCGCGUGUUUGUGUGUGUGAGGCAGAAGUGACUCUCUGAGCUCCCCCCCUUGGUGGAUUAUAAAUCUGUUGCAUUUUUUCUCUCUCAAGGAGCAUUAAAAAAAGAAAUUAAGCGGCCACCUACACACCUGCCCUGCCUGUUCCAGAGAGAGCGCUCUUUCAGAAAAACCUGUGAUUCUCUUCUGCCUGUUCUCGGCUGUUUUUCCGAACAGGAGCAGAAAGUAACUGUGCCCGGCUUCUCUGCCUGGCAUUCUCUGCCACUACCUCUCUCUGCUUUCCAUAACCUACCAAACCCUGGGCAGUUUCUUGUGCGUGCCAUCCUGACUUCUUCCAAACAGCCACAAGACUCAAAAGAAACAUUUCACGCCCCCUUCUCCUCUGAAGACUGUUUUGAAGGCCUGUAGAUACCCCUGGCUCUCCUGUCGUGUCUUUCCAAUGUCUCCUGGCAAAAUAUCUCCGUAAGGUUCUUUUCUUUCCCCCCUCUCCCUUUGGUUUUGGGGUUUGGUGUUUCCCUUUUGUCUUCCAUUCCCAUCAGGUUUUGCAAUUGUUUCUGGGAGGAAACCAACAGAUGCUUGUCCUUAGAGAAGAAGGAGGAGACAGCGGUGUUGAUUUGUCGCGUUAUCAUGCAUCCUUGUACAAAACACUGAGGACGGGUGUGCAAUAUGGGGAAGGGGCCCGGCAGCAGGGAGGGGGCAACCGAACAGACUGCCCAGCCAGGGGCUCAGGGCCUUGAUAUUGUACCUUUAAUGUGAAUGUAUAUAGUACUUGCAGAGGUCCAAAAAUGACGACGAUGAUAAUAAAAAGAGACGUUUGCCAAAUAAUAAUAUUAACAAAACAAGAUAAGCCACUGAUGUGUGGGAAGGUUAGGAAACAGGCUUUCAAGGUGCUUGCGAGGAGGUACCAUUUCCUGGCAUCCCAAGAACUUCAUGCUUGGUUUGGCUUUUCCUUUCUUUUGAAGAAGAAAGCAUGGACAGUUCCAUCACUGGGGCAGCUUGCCAGCGGGCACUGCGGCGCUGUUGGGUUUCUCAUUCCUUUCUCUCCCUCCCCCUCCUGCUCUUUUCAUCCUCGAUGUCCAGUUCAGUGUUGCCUCGUGAAAAAGAGGCAUUUGUGGCAGGCGCGGGGUCGGCGGCUUCCUUUCUGGGUUCCAUCUUAUUUUCCCCACAUCGGAGGCCUCACAGCCAUGGACAAGAUGCCCUUCCUUGGUUUGAUGUUCACCAAAAUGGAAGUGGGUCCGUUCUUGGCCUGGGCCCAAGUUGGGUGGCCUGCCCACAGACAGAGGGAUGUUGUUGUUAAGUGGUUGUUUGUUCAAGGUGGGCUCUGUGGUGGAGCGUCCUGAAGGCAGACUGUUUGUCCAGGGCCUGCCAUCUCUUGAGAUGUGCAGUGUGGUUUCCAUCCUGCAGCCCUUGCUGAGCUUUCUCAUCCAGCAGGCAAAGAAGGCUGGGAGAGGGAGGGAAGUCCAAGAAUGGGGUUUACACCGAUGCCCCUUCCACUGGUCAGUUCCCACACCAGAAGCCAUAAGGGCUGGAUCCUGUACCGUAAAAGUCGAGGGAAGUUUGCUGUUGAUCUCAAGAAGGGAAGGAGCAAUCUCCCAAGAGCUGUCCUGGGUGAGGCGAAGGAAAGGGUUGGGCCUCUGGCCUCCAUAUCGGUUUUCCAGUAGCAUCCCUUCUAGGGCAGCCAUGCCUUCAGCAGCAUCACAGUAGAGUGGAACUGGAAGUUGCAAGGAAGGGAUGUGUUUAAUUGACAGCAGAAAGUUCUGUUUCUGCCGCUCCACAGGCCAAGUAACUUUCCUGGAUUGCAGGUUUGGUGGCAUUCUGAACAGAAAACUUGCCAACUUUGGGAGGGGGGGAGGGAGGAGAGGUCUCCCAGAAUUCCAACUGAUUUCCAGACUACAGAGAUCAGUUCCCCUGGAGGAAAUGGCAGCUUUGGAGGAUGGAUUCUAUAGCAUUAUACCCGUGGGGGUAUUAUAUGGCAUUAGACCCUCUCCUCCCCAAACCCUGCCUUCCCCGAGCUUUUCCACCAAACCUCCAGGAAUUUCCCAACCCGGAGUUGGCAACCCUAUCAGAGGUGCUGGAGCUGGCGCAUUGCAUGCUGGUCCUGAGUUCUGGUUUUGGUGUCUCCAUUUAAAAGGAGGCUGGGGGGGGGGCUCUGCCAGUGAUCUCGGCGAAUGGUCAGUCAGAGGAACAAACAGCGCUUUACUUUGCCCAAGGCAGGCUCUGGUGUUGGCAGACAGGGUCUUCUUGAGCACCGGUGCGUGCCCGAUAGGCUGGCUGUCAAGACUCUCCCGGCCCCUCCUGUGCCUUCCCUUUGGCGCUCUGUUGCCAUUCUUCCUGUCCCAAUGAAGUGGCACAAGAUGGGCAUCCGUGUCCUGGAACCAGCCUGUAAAACACCCUCCAUGGGAAAUGUUUUACAGAGAAAGGCCUCCGCACCUCCCGCAGGCUGACAUGAUGACACUGACCUUUGCAUUUUACCGAGGCUCCGUGCAGGGGUGAGAGAGGAACGAGCCGGCAGUCGGGUUGCUGCCUGUGCCAGAGCAGCUGGGCCUCCUUCCGUCACCAAACCAGGCUGGAGCCCUUGCUAGGAAUUUGCCUAGCGAAAGGAUCUGAGUUGUUUGCCGUCAUCUUUCCGGGACUGGAGCUGCACCCCCUGGCAUCUGUUUCUUUCCUCCCUUGCAGCCUCGUUUGUGAUUGAAAGCACGGAGGAGGGAGAGGCUGCAGGGGCUGUUCCCCUCCUCAGCACUGGCCCACCCAGUCGCUGUGUGGCUGCACAUCUGCCCGCCAGUGGCUCAGAAGGGAAGACCUGAUCCACGGAGCCUGGCUGAGGUUAGGCUUUUUGGAAACAAACAGAAGGCGAAACGGACCCGAAUUUUCCUUGAGACUGAGAGUCCUGGUUGUUUAUCACACAAUAUAUGUAUAUGGCUUUUUUAAAAAAAUGUUUCUUGCAAAGAGGUAAUAUAUAAAUGGAGUGCGUCAGAUGCAAUGAACGACAGGUCUGCCCCACUCAUCUCUGUUUGGUUAGCUAGCUAAAUUGUCUCUCAUGCUUUGAUUGUAUCCCUCGUUUCUUUCCCUUUGGCCAUUGUUCAUCUGCUCUGCUCCGAGACCUUGUGGCACUACCUCCAACAGGCUGAGAAACCAUAGAUAGACAGAAAUCGGCAAGGAAUUAAUUAUGUACCAAGAAGGAAUUGGAUGGACUUGCAUUCAAACCCAAACCAAAAGCUAUAGGAGGGAAGCUGGGAGGAGCUGCUUCUGUUGGAACCUCAAAUGGCUAUCCCAAAUCUGACAGCUUUAAAGAAUAGUAUUUCAGUGUCCCUCCAAGUAAUGCCUAUCCUAUAUUAGCUUCCAAGAUGACAACAGGACACAAGCAAAAAAAAGCAAGAGGCAGCCGUAAAAGAAGGGGUAGUAUGGGGCCCUGAUCCUCCAUGGAUAAAACCAAUGGAAUUUUUUCUGUUAUUGAUAAGGACUUUGUUUACAUUGUUCAGCGAGGACUUUCUUACGUUGUUAACUGUUAACUGAGGAAUGGCUUUCUCACAUGUUUUGCUGUAACAUGAUCUUUGCCAAGCCACAGUAAGCGAGGCCUUCUUCGUGGACAUCUCAACUUUCAGAAUCGGUUUGGAUCCUGCCCUCUGCCACACCACCUAAAAAGGUGCCAUUCCCUCUAGAACUGAGUGCAGCAUGUUGGGUUUGCCAAUACCCUGUGCAGUGCAGAUGCUGAGGGCUUGAGAUUCAUUUGUUCCAAGGAAAGUGGGCAAGAAACGCGAUUUGUGCUACGGCUUUUUGACGCAUAAACUGCAGCAGCUUCUGUGUAUCCUCUGUGAAGCUCAGGCAGUGGCACGCUUCCUAUUAAGAGUGGAAAUAAGGCAGAGAUUCUCAAACAACUGCGAUGGAACCCAUGGGGACAUGGUGGGCACAAGACAUUUGACCAGGCAUUUGAUGAGACAUUAUGCACAAAGCAGAAUAAAAGAGACUGUGUCUGUCAUGCUGCCCAUUUGCAAUUCUCCCUGCAAAUGAAACUCCUGGCCAAUGAAAAGAGUCUCUCUACAUGAGACAUCUGAUAUGUGAAGAACACAUGUUGGUAGAGGCAAUAGUAGCCAGGAAGGGUAGAUUAAAAAGACAGAGCUGGCGGCAGGGCAAAGGCUUUGUUCUAUACUGGAGCUGUGUGAAGGGGCUGUGAAAUGCCAGAAGGGAAACUUCAGCCCAUUAUAACCUCUUCAGGUCCAAGCCCGGCUCUGGAAGGCAGCUCCAGCCCAUUUUCAUUCCUCGCUGUCCUCUGGUUGCCAUCCCACACAGUUUUAGACUGGAGAGGGGAAAUUGACAGAGCCUUCUGGGAAGUGAAGAUGAAAUUGACAAACCCUCUUAGGAGUGAUCUCCACAGGCUCUGUCUUUUUAAACUACGCUUCCUGGCUAACAUUGUGUCUCCCUACACUUGACCAACAUGCGCCGAGGUGUUUCUUGUAGAGAGACUCAAAAAACAUCAGGAAGAAAGGUUCUAACCUGGCCCCUCACCUGCUGCAUAGGGCAUUACUCAGGUUGGGGAACUUUGAGAAGUGCCCUCCACGCAGUAGGGCCCGUCGACCACCUGAGCACUCCGCGACCUUCUUUUCCUGUGUGUGCAGACCAAGUUUAAGGAUCCCAGAGCGGAAGUUAUUUUGGAUGACUUUAAGAUGGAGCCCCUGAUUGUGUGAAUGUGGUGGAUAGAAAGAGGCAAGAACUGAGGAGGGCCAGCUCCUACAUGUGGUGACCAUCUCCAGGAGCUGUCGGGAGACGGUUCUUGAUCCUUGGCAUGGAUACUGUGCAGGCUUUGUCUCUGACACAGCACCCCAACCGCUUGUUUGCCCGGAAGCAGGAACCCUGAGCCCACAAACCCCAGGGGUCCUCAGGUCCUUUCACAACCCUUGCCAACCAGGCUGCAGUGCUCAAGGAGAAAUGCGCCUUCUCACCUUCUAUUAAGAGUAGGUUCAUCUUUGACAUUCUGCUCCUCAGUGAUUUAGAGUGCAAUCCUAAGAACAGCUACCUAAGUCUAAGCCCUUUGUCUUCAAUUGGCUUAGGCUUCAGUAACUCCGGCUAGGAUUGCGCUGUUAAUUCCUUUGUCAUUACCCCAGCAAAACAACACGCAGCUGUUCCAGCUGAAACAGUAUCUCUUGCACUCCUUCGGGCUUGGGUGUAGGCAAUGACUAGGGAAAAGCACAGCGUUUUCUGUUGCCAGGCUCCCCAUUACUUGAACCCGCAUAAAUGUUCCUGAGCUCAGAUCUGCAGCCAAGGCAGAAAAGCUCAUCACAGGUGAGGGCUGAAGAAGAGAGAUGAGCAGUGGCAAGUGACUCCAUCACUUGGCAAGUGAGCCAACCAGAUCUGUGGCGAGGCAGAGAUCCGAGAAUCAGGGAAGAAGUGCCAGGUGGUGGUCUGAGUGGGGCCUGGGUGUGAUGCAGCGAUUCCCAGUGAAGUUCUCACCAGGGGCUGCAACACGCAGGAAAUGAUGUCUGGGAAGAGGCAGGCUAGCGGAGACUGGGGGGGGGCUGGGCUUCCUGAGCCAAUGUGCUUCCGGCACCCCACUUCUUCUGCCUGGGCAUAGCUGCCUUGCUGACAGUGCAUAGCAGGGAACAAAGCAGGACCCUUUCUGUGGGAGGGGUCUGUGCACACUGGGCCCUGAGGUUUAGGAAAGCUCCUGCCUACACUGCUGUUUGUUGAUAACGGGAGAGGUUGGGAUGUCUGCUGCAGCUCCUCCCUUCCCUCCCUAUAGCUCUGCUUCUUUGGGAAAGAGGCAUGAAAGAUUAUGCCUGGGGGAGGGGGUUUUGGAGAAGGCAGGUGGGUGGCCCAACCCUUGUUCUAAGCUCAGGUUUUGCCCCCUUUUAGCAAACAAGUUGAAAUGGUUUCUUUCACGGGAUGUCUUCCCUGGAGUCUCUGGGAGUGCACAACAAUGAUGCUGAGAACCUGAUUUACUCAGAUCUCAGUUCCACUGAGUUUAGUGGGACCUGUUCCCAAAUCGAUGUGCGUGAAGCUGCAGCCUUAGAGCUGCCCAGUCUCCAAAGCGCUGCUCUAGAAUAUUGUUUAAUGCCACACCAAGUAGCAGAAGAGACGCUUUAAAGCAGAAAUUGUAAAGAGAGCUGUUGCAUCUGACAAAGAGAGCUGUGGUUCUCAAAAGCUUAUGCUACAAAUGAGUUGGUUAUUCCUAAAGGUGCUCCUGGACUGUUUACUAUUUUGCAACUACAGACUAACACGGCUAUAACCCCUCUGGAUCUUUUAAGCAGAAAGGUCAACAGACGUCCUUUCCCCUGUGUUGCUUGAAAAAAAGUCUUCUGUUAUCGGCUUUGUCAUUUCAGUUUCAUUCUGGUCUUUCUCCUCAACCAAGUUCUGUCCCUUCAUUGUGCUUGACUAGUUCUUAACUAGAGUUGCUAGCUGAAUUAACUGUGGAGUGUAAAACUGCCACGUGUCCACAACGGAUACAGGCAAGAGCAAAUGCACACAACUAUUGUCGGACAGGUCGUCCUUUUCCAUGGCUUUGGGCAUGCCACGUCAGUUCUGCGGAUGUCUCAUCAUAAGGCCUUUGAUGUGGCUCGGCGUUUCAGGCUUUUGAAAAAUGGGUUGAGUCACACCAUCUCGUUCAUCCAGAGCUGGGCUUGGGUAAUUCAUAGGAUGCUAGUAAUGCCUCAAAAUCCAUGGACUGGUUUGGCUCGCCAUGCAGGGAAUUGAUCAGCCCUCUGAAUUCUGUCUCUAGAAGCCGCUAGUCCAGUUUGAACACUGGGAAGGGCAGGCUGACCCUUGAACUAACUGGGAAGGUUCCUCGUGGGCUGGAUUGCUGCUCUGCAGGGCUCCUGGCAGCCAGGGGCAAGAGGAGCCAAGCACCCCUGCUGCAUUGCUGGUCUUGCUGGCCGGGGCUGCAGCAACAAAGUCAAAGGGGUAGGUCCACCCACUGUCGCCAUUCAUUGCUACAGUCCGGGUCUAAACCAACCGUUCAUUGCAGGGACCGCUUGAUUCGACUUGCUCCAGGGUUGUUCUAACCUCCCAGCCUUCUCCUGCAGAGUGUCGGGCUAAGAUGGCAAACCCUCUCGGGCUGAUUUCUGUUUGGACAGUGUUUGUUCCCUCACUUCUCUCUCUUCCUCGUCUCUCCUUACAAAACGUGGAAGCCCUAUUGCUUGGGAAGGAGCCUGUAUUUCCCACCUCCUGUUUCUUCCCUGCCUGCUCCGAUUCCCUGUCCCCUUCAUCCAUGGGUCCAGGAAGGUCACCCAGCUGCCGUCUCUCCUUUCCCAGUGUUACCAGUUUCUUAGAGC